AUGGAUGGGACAGUGGGGACAUGUAUGUUGUGGGCUAGGGGAGUUGCAUGGGAAGGCAAGGGCUGCAUGAAUGGAUGGGACAGUGGGGACAUGUGUGUCGUGGGCCAGGGGAGUUGCAUGGGAAGGCAAGUGGGGACAUGUGUAUCGUGGGCUAGGGGAGUUGCGUGGGAAGGCAAGCUGGGGGAACUACAACAACUGGAGCUCGCGAGUUGGGUGGUGGGCUCGGCAAGUCGCACCUGCGGAGGAGGAGACAAUGGUAUAGAAGGGCUCGGCAGUGGGGGCUGCGGAGAUGCAAUGGGCUGA